AUGGAGACUAAUUCCGACGUGACGGAAAUAAAGUAUGAGCUGCUGUUGGUUCACAUUGAGCGGUGCGAGCGGCUGUUGCGUCAUCCGACUUUGCUCAGCCGCCUACCUGACGGAGGUGAGGGCAUUCGUCAACGCCACGCCUUGUACGUUGCAGAACUCUCUAGACGUUGUGCGAAGGACGAGGCUACAACGACGAUGAGGGAAGUCGAUAAAGCCGAGGUGUCAGCACAGUAUGAGGAAGAACAGUCUUAUCGCACGUCUGCGUCGGCUGUCGUAGAACAACAAGUGACCGAAAACACACGUGUGAAAUGCUCUGCACCCUCCAGUAAUGAUGCUGGUAAGGAGCCUAAUCAAGCCAACGUAGCCGAGUCCGACGAGAAAGUGGCCUGUGCUGUGAGUGAAAAAUACAAACAUUGCAGGGUGCCCGUUGAAGAGAUUGUGCGCCGAACAUUUGGCGGCUCCCUCUGCGAGGCUGAAAUUCAGCGCAUACUCAACGACGUGCCACCCAAUUUUUUUUUAACACAUGAGGAGACGUUGUUAAUGCAACAAAAACGUGUUGAAGAGGAGCGGCUCGAAACACUUGAGCGCUUGCGGCGUCAGCAACAAAUCAGGCAGUAG